UUUCCAUUUCGCUCCCUAGUUUGCCUCCACAGUUGUAAAACUUAACAUUUCAGGACUAGCAGGUGUAGGAACAGAUUCGCUCCAGAAAAAAAGUAGACGUCAGUCAACCAGCCCCGACCCCACCAUAGCAUCCCGAAGACUCCGGUCCUCUCGCCCCGAUCCCCCACUCGCUCACUUUUGAAAGUUCCCAACCUUGUCGAAUCGUCAACACCAGGCCUACCACAGCAACAAGAAGAUACCCAGUCCAAAGGCGAAAACAAACAUGGCUUCUUCAUCACUUCUUCCGCAACUGCCUGCGGAUGAUUCCAUGCUUACGCGGAGGUUCGGCGCCGAAACCGCCAACUACUUUUCCGGGAACCCGCUGAACCGUGUUUCGUUCCUCCGCGACAACCGAGACUUUCUCAAGGCCGCCUUUGCACAUCCGUCAGCCCGCUUCCUCGCACUCGAUAAGCUCGCUCCUUUGGUUCACACGGCCGAGAAGAGAAUCGCUUGGAUCACCCGUGAAGAUGUUACACCGGUCACAGGCUCGGGGCCCUUUGACAAGACAGAGGAGGAUAUGAUCAAGGACUUCAACUCGGAGGAGUAUCAUCCUGUUAUAAUACUCCUAGGCUUAGACGAUAAGCAGAAAAUGCCUGCAUCCGACCAAGAAGUCUUUCAGCACAAGGACUACAAGGGUACCCCGUACUUCGCGGUAGACUUUACAGAAAACCAGGAUGUGGUCGCCAAACUAGCGUCAAAAGAGGACCACUCGUUCAACCAAGACCAACGAAGUCUGGGUUUUAAUCCUGGCGAAGCUGCCAUCUAUGGUCAAGCGCGAGCCGUCAUGGCUUGGAAUGAUAGAAACCCAUUCUGCUCGCAAUGUGGACAGAAGACGUUACCGGUCCACGCCGGAGCAAAGCGCGCCUGUCCCCCUACAGACAUGGCAGGUGGCGAGAAACGUGAAAGGAAACCUUGUGCCAGUAGAGGCACCGUGUCCAACAUUAGUUUCCCCAGGACCGACCCUACGAUCAUCGUAGCUGUCGUCAGUGCAGACGGCACCAAGGUGUUGCUCGGAAGGAACAAGCGAUGGCCGAAAUACUGGUACAGCACCUUGGCCGGAUUUCUAGAACCGGGCGAGUCGAUCGAGGAGGCCACGCGGCGAGAGGUUUGGGAAGAGAGCGGUGUCACCGUUGGCAGGGUUGUGUUGCACAGCUCUCAACCCUGGCCUUUCCCUGGAAGCCUUAUGAUUGGAGCCAUCGCGCAGGCACUUCCUGGAGAUGGUGAGAAGAUAUUCCUCGGUAACGAUCCCGAGUUGGAAGAUGCCAAGUGGUUCACCAUGGCCGAGGUCCGAAAGGCGCUCGCGUCAGGGGUAAGCAAUCUGGGACAGUCGGCACCGCCCGAGUACGUCGAGGGCGACCUGAGAUUACCGCCGGACACGGCAAUUGCAAAUCGCCUCAUUACUGCUGUUGUGGGAGGUUAUAAUGGGGCGUUUCCCAAGAUUUGAAGACAUAUACGGGUUGGUGGAAAGAUUAUCGACUCCCUAGAUACAUAGAAAUGUGGCUGCGUGACUAAGAUUAGCUGGGCACUCACCAUAAAUGCCCAGAAACGUAAAGUUCUCAAUUAUAAAAUGAAAUGAUGUCCGCAUACAACAUCCCUGGUCCAAGAAGCCUUGGCCGAGCUUGGGCAACCAAAGCAAAUUCCUUUGAUCUUAGGGUUAGGG